CGCGCCUGCGCACUGCGUCCCGCGCGCUCCCUCCCUCGCGCGCGCCCUCGGGGGAAGAGCGGGGGCAGCGUGGGAGGCUCCAGGCGAGCGCGAACCUGAGGAGGAAGAAGCGGGGCGGCGCGCAGGCCCAGAACCGCUGGAGCCGCGGAGGCCGGCGACGCCCCAGAGCGGAAGAGGGAAGUGAAGCGGGUGCCGGGCGGCGGGCUUCUGCCGGGCUGGGCUUGCAGAGGCCGAAGGCAGCGCCGAGAAGAGGCCUUUGCCGCUCCUCCGGCGCCGGGAUGUCGAAGAACACGGUGUCGUCGGCCCGGUUCCGGAAGGUGGACGUGGAUGAGUACGACGAGAACAAGUUUGUGGACGAGGAAGACGGGGGCGACGGCCAGGCCGGGCCCGACGAGGGCGAGGUGGACUCCUGUCUGCGGCAAGGAAACAUGACAGCUGCCCUGCAGGCAGCUCUGAAAAACCCCCCUAUCAACACCAAGAGCCAGGCAGUGAAGGACCGGGCAGGCAGCAUCGUCUUGAAGGUGCUCAUCUCUUUUAAAGCUAACGAUAUUGAAAAGGCAGUUCAGUCCCUGGACAAGAACGGUGUGGAUCUGCUAAUGAAGUACAUUUAUAAAGGCUUUGAGAGCCCCUCUGACAAUAGCAGUGCUGUGUUGUUGCAGUGGCAUGAGAAGGCACUUGCUGCUGGAGGAGUGGGGUCCAUCGUUCGUGUCUUGACUGCAAGGAAGACAGUGUAGCUGGGCCAGAGCUGGAUCUCGGCUCAGGUGUGGGAGUCACUGGUACAAAGACCAAACAACCAAAUGCCACCGCCGCCCUGUGGGCAGCAUCUGCUUCUCUCAGCUUUGCCUUCAUGCUUCCUUUUUCGUAUCUGCAAAGAAGAAAAGUACAUAUCAGUCUUCCUUUCAUGAAACUUGGAAUAUUAUAGAGAAAAUUUUGUUUCAACAGGAGUGUUUCAUUCUCCCAAAACCAUUUCAGUGAUGUGUACACCAGUAUGUAUGUAGUAUAAUUUACACUCAAGUUUACUUGUGCAAUUUUAACCCCUGUUGGCCGGUUUUUUGUUUUGUUUUAUAUUUUUAACUAAUACUGAGAAGAUUUUAUCAGAAUUUGAGGCCAGUUUCCUAAUUUAUUGCUAGUCAGGAAGUGAUCUUUAUUUUUUUAUAAAGGGGAGACUGGCAGCUAUUAACAUUGCAAAACUGGACCAUACUUCCCUUAUUUGAGCAAAAUGUGUUUCUGGAAUAAGUGGUGGGUGAACACCACUACAGCCUCCAGCUUUGCUUCUGCUUGCCUCCAGGUUAUCUGUGCUGUGAGGUUAAAGACACUUCUUCCUCUCGGCAUCUAGUAAUCCUGGCUUCUUGGUUUCUUUGUGGUCACCCAGGGUUCAGAGCAAGGAGUCUUGCUCUAUACAAAUGUAUCUAUAAAAUAUCCGAGCUUGUUUGGUAUGAACACCAAAGUUUUGUUCCAAUAAUAUGGCUCUGUUUGGGUAUACUACUACAGAUCGGAAAGGAUGUGGAAACUAUGAUGUGAUUCAAGCUCUGGGCAGCCUCUGAAUGAAAUGCCAUUUUCUUUAGAAAUACAGUAGCUGCCUUAGACAUUAUGAGGAAUACAACUAGUAUUAGACACCAUUUCAUAUGCCUCAUAAAUGUCUUUAGUGUUCUUCAGGGUAAUUGGUAUCUCAGUGGAUUUGGUUCAGAUCCAAACAAAUGCACAUUCUGUGUGUUAGCUCAGUGUUUUUUGGGGUUUUUUUUAAUGCCACAAAGCAAAAAAAAUUGUUUACUUUGUUAGACAAACCAAAUCGGUUCUCAAAAAAAUGACCGGUGCUUAUAAAAGUUAUUAUUCAGUAGCUCCAAAACAAACCACCUGACCAAGAGGGAAAUCAGCCUGUGUUUAAUAUUCACAUUGGACACCAGUUUCACAAUCACUGAUUUAUGUGAAAACUGGUGCAGAAAUUCUAUAAACUCUUUGCUGUUUUUGAUACCUGCUUUUCUGUUUUGUUUUGUAAAAAUGAUAAACUUCAGAAAAUAAAAUGUCAGUGUUGAGUAA